AUGCUUCUUCUUGAUGAGGCAGACGUCUUCCUGGGUGCUCGAAGCGAUGAAGGCUUGAUUCGUAAUGAGUUGGUGUCCAUCUUCCUCACCAAGCUCGAAUACUAUCAAGGCAUCCUGUUCUUGACCACCAACCGCUUCUCUGCCAUCGACCACACCUUCCAGUCCCGCGUCGAUUUGUUCUUGCCUUACUACGACCUCGACUCCACGCAGCGCCGGCAGGUUGGCUCAACUUCUUCAAACACUUUGGAGCUGAGAAGUUUGUGGUUGGCGAAAGCGACCUGGACCGUCUGUGCGAGCUGA